UGAUGUCCUGUCAUGUGUAAAGACCCGGAGGAUAACUUUACUGGAGUUAGAGAGAUUGGUGAAAGUGAAAUGAAAUCCGAGGACCCAGAAAAAAAGUGAUUGAAGAAUUUGAAGAAAUGCACCCAGCGAAUUGCAGUUCAGACAACGACGAAACAGCAGAUGACCAAAGCAUUCAUCUUUUCCUGGACAUCUCCUGUUGUGUGGAUGACUAUGUGGAUGAAGAGGGGGAAAUCCUUGCUGAGGAGCAGAGUGAAGUCUAUCCUCACAUACAAGAUGGGGAGGAGCAUGGAAGUGAUCAGUCCAGAAGUGAAAAAACAGAACACUUGUUGAUGAAACUUUUGGCCAUGAUAAAAUUGACUGGUAUCCUCCGUGACGACUUCUUACAGUAUGUGGUUUGUCCAAAAUGUAUGACAGUGUACAUGCUUACUGAAACCUAUGAGCGCAGACGGGAUGGUACAAAGGUUUGCAGGACUUGUGGUCACAUCCCGUUCUACAAUCACCCACAGCAGAGGUCUGCAUUAAGGAAGAAAUAUGGCUCUGCCUUGCUAAGAAAGGCUACAUAUUCGAGCGGUGAAGAGUAUGUCCAUCCAAUACGUUCUUACUGUUACAAGAGUGUUGUGCAGUCUCUGGGAGGACUUGUUAAAAGACUUGGAUUUGAAGAGAAAUUAGAUGAAAGGCGAAAGCGGGAACUGCCAAAGGGUGUGUUAGGAGAUGUAAAUGAUGGACAAGUAUGGCAGGAUACCAGUAUGUGAAUUCAAUAAACUGUAGUCAUGCCACUAUGCACAGUAUUUGAGCUGUGAUGUAAUUGCACAAGUUACCUUGCUUCAUUCACAUCCGGACAGACAUUUUGUUGUUUGACAUGGUGUUUGAUGGUGUUUGCAUAGAAUGGACAAAUUGAGCCUGAUUAAAACUCUGUUAAAACAAUUAAAAUUGUUGAAAUAAAUAGUUUGGUGUAUCUUUUUUUACCUAACAUUGGUUAUUGCUAAUUACAUACAGAGUAAUUAAUAUACACUGUUAGCCUGGAGAAAUUGAAUCUACUUAAAGGGAUAGUUUAAAAAUUAUUAGGAAAAAAUAUUUUGAAAGUAUUGUGAUAAAUGGUGAAGAAAAGUUUGAUAAAUGAUUGUCAUUAAACUUAAAGUUGAUUUU